CGCCCUCCUCGGCCGCCAAGGGGCGGGGCGGCGGCGCUCCGGCGGCAGCAGCAGAGCAGCAUCAGUAGCGAGCAUGUCGUCGAGCAGGGCCAAGAAAGUGAAGAUGGCCACCAAGUCGUGCCCGGAGUGCGACCAGCAGGUUCCUGUUGCAUGUAAAUCGUGUCCCUGUGGCUACAUAUUUAUUAGUCGAAAACUCUUGCAUGCUAAACGUGCAGAGAGAUCGCCACCCAUUACAGAAAACAAGAGUGAGGCCAAAAGGAGACGGACAGAGAGAGUUAAGCGAGAGAAGAUAAAUUCUGCGGUAAAUAAAGACUUAGAAAACCGAAAGAGAUCGAGGUCUAACAGCCAUUCAGAUCAUAGCAGACGAGGAAGAGGAAGACCUAAGAGUGCCUCAGCCAAAAAGCACGAGGAAGAAAGAGAGAAACAAGAAAAAGAAGUUGACAUGUAUGCUAACCUUUCAGAUGAAAAGGCCUUCGUAUUUUCAGUGGCCUUGGCGGAAAUAAACAGAAAAAUUAUCAAUCAAAGACUUAUUCUGUAACUUGUAAGCACAGUCUGAUGCAUUUAUAUACGGAAUGACUAGCAUAUUUCCAAGGUGUCAUGGACUCUCGGAAAGCGUGUUGUCUGCGCCAAUAAGGACCGUAGUAUUUCCUGUUAAAAUUCUGCUGCUGUUUUUGGAAAUCACAUUCUGUCUCUGCAAGUGAGAAAGGAAGUGUUCUCAAGAUUGUGCUAUGGAAAUCAGAAAGCAGAAGUGUUUUAUGCCUUGAAGACAAAUACUAGACGAAUGCUCAGAGAGACUGCACCCAUGCUAGAGCACUUCUUGUAGAUUUGCUGCCAGAAAUGCAAUAUUUUAAAUAUUUUCAGAAAGUAAUGAUUUUCCUUUAAAAUCAUAUAUUUCAGAUUUUUGGCUGUAUUGCAGUUUACAUAUGUACAGUUCACUUAACUUUUUAAUAAAUUGAUAUUGCAAUAUUUUAUUGAGCUGGAAAUUAAGUACAUUUGUGAUACUUUAAGUGUUUUGGUUUUAAUCCUCUUAAAAAUCUGGUAUUCUUUGGUUUUUCUUGUUUUUUUUUUUUUUUUUUUUUUUUUUUUUUAAUAGAUACGAUAUAAUUCAGUAGGAAGAAAACUAAAGCAAUUUCAUUUCGAGUGACUAUUUUGCUUGUCAACUUGACAAAGAGGUCCCCAACAGAGAGUUGCUUUUCAAAAACCACAUACAGUUUUUGGGGUCAGGCUGCUGGGAUUGGAAAGGCAAAUACUUGUUUUGUAACUGCUGUUUGCUAGGUUUCUGUCUUGUCUGAUUGGUAAGUACUAAGGCUGUAUUCUUAAUUGGCCCAUUAUUUAAUGGGAAGAGAGAGAAAGUAGAUAUCUGUGAUGUAGAUUGGCAUCUAGCAACUUCUCACUGAUAUUCCCAAAACAUGAGGAUAUGCUGGUUAAAUUUAAUUCUCAACAGCUUUUGUUGUGUGGUGAUGAGCUGUUCUGGUAGAAAUAGGUUUGGGAAAGAUAUUGAACAAUAGUCAUUGUGUUAAAAUGGUAUAAUGCAAUUUGAGCCCAAAUUCUGACAUUAAUAUGUAUUUUUUUCUUCUAAAAAAUAAAAAAACAAACAAACAAACAAACUUCAAACUGUAGAACACUGAAGAGGAGAUGUGGGAAGCAGUUGCAUGUGUAGGAUCUGACAUACUUGCUUUUUAUCGCUUUUCCAAGAAGAGGAGAGCACUUAAAUGUCUCAUUUUUUCAGUCUUACUCAUACUUUACAGUAUCACUAUUUUAAUAGUGAGAAUGAGUUUCUGCCACAGAGCUGAUCUUUGGUUGGUAGCAAAGAAUUUCAUUAAUAAAGCUAGGCUAUUGCACUCACUGCUUACUAAUUAUUGUUUAAAGGAAGGAGCUGUGCUUUGAGUUAAUUAAGCCACAAGGGAUGACUUUUAAUUCUUAAGUCGUAAUUGGGGUCCUUUUUAACGAUGGGGGAAUGGUACGGGUGUGGAAAAGCACUUAAACAACUAAUCUGCAUUUAUCUUUAUUCCAGUAAAUGAGAAUUUGUGAACGCAAGAUCUACUUCCCUUCAUCAUGUAAAUUUCUGCUUUCCAGAGCUGUAGCCUGUCACAGAUAAAAGUAGCAAGAACAAAUGAGUAACUCUUAAGGAUAGAGAUAAUGCGUCAUAACGGCUGUCUGCAUGGUAAGUUAAAAGUCAGAAUGACAAAAGGGAAGUUCUCAUUUUGCAAACUUAAGAUAUAGUCAGGAUUGUGUUGCUUCUGUUGCCAGAAUGAGAUUUACUGUGUUAAGAGAGGAAGGGAAAUACUAAUGUCCAACUGUCUGGUGCUCUAACCUGCAUUCCUACAGGUGCCUCUUUCUUUUUACUCUUGCAUAUGGAAUGAACAUUCUUGUAAUAGAGAUUCUCUGCGUCAGAGGAAUGCAGCUGAUGUUAAAUGUCAUGUUAAGAUUUCUACACUUAGACUAGUGCCUUACUGUUAAGAACUGAAAAAUACAUUAAUACCUCUCAAAUGUGCAAGGCCCUUUUCUCUCUUCAUCAGUGGAGAAUCUUGAACGAGUGAUGAAUUUUUAUUUCUGUACCACUUCUUUUUGUUUUCAUCAGGUCUCCGCUCUCAAUUCUUUUUCAGUUGUGAUCAUGCUAUUUUUAUUCCUUUCUGGCUUCCAGUUUCUUUGCAGAAGCUGUGAUAGAUGCAGGUUGUUUUGAAAAUAUCCCAAGGUGGGGGUAGCUCUUUGCUAGUGGGCCACAAUGGAUCUUGCAAAGCAGGAGUCCAGAUUUGCUUUUACCACCAAUCAGAAACAAACCAGUUUCCUAUAUAAAUGAGACACUUUGGAAUCUUCCUAAAGCAUUGGUAUCUCUGUAACUGUAAUAUCAUAAGACAUAGAUUUAUUGGAAUAUAUUCCACACUUGAACUGUAAAUUGUGCAUUUCAGGAUUCAGGGGCUCUUUCUUUGUGUUGGAGAUGGUCAAGGGAUUAAAAAUAGCAGUAAAUGACUGUAAAUUAUUGAUGUUGAAUGUAUUGCAUCUCAGUCUACAAAACUGUAAAAUAAAGUCAAUGACAGCUAAAUGA